AUGCUUAAAUUUGACCAACAAAUUACCUUCCGUAGAAUACUAUUUCAGGAUAACAGAAACUCUGGAAACAAUAUCAUCACUGAAAUUGCUGUAUUUACCAAGAAUGAAGCUAAUCAAUGGGUACAAGUGAAAGCAUUUUCAAAUGACAAAACAUUAGGACAACCAUGUCUUCUCACUUUGGAUGAAGAUUUAACCCUCACAGAGGUUAAAAUCCAGAUGAAAACUAAAAAUAAUGAUGAAUAUCAUUUUACGAGAUUUGAAUUCUAUAAGAAUGAUGUCUUAGAUGAUGUAGAAGCUCAUAAAGUUUUUGCUGAUCCUGCAAGAACUCAGUGGUUAGGAGACUACCAAAACGAAUCAUACCGCCUUGAAGUUAUUGAGCGUAUUAAAUCAGCUCCUUCAAAUGAUUUAUACCUCGACGUUCUUGAAGAUAUGGAGGCUCUCCAGGCCAAUCCAUUACUGAAUGAAACUCUCCAGACACUUCACUGCGCUCCAGGCCUUUGGGCUGCCAAUUCUGGUCUUGUCAGAGCUUAUACACCUUCAGACAGAUAUUAUGUCCAAGGAGAAUCUCUCACAGUAUACUGCAACACUUAUGACAGUGUUAGCUACGGUGCAUUGCUUGUUAAGCCAUUUGAUAAAGAAUCUUCAUGGCAUGAAUGGGGUCUUUCCACCGGUAAAAAUAAGAACAUCAAGAACCCUUCAGAUAUGACUAACCACCCAACUAAACUCGGAACCCUCAUGUUCUACUGCAAUUCCAAAGUCAAUAACCCACCGAAAUGUCGUGCAACAGGUGGCCGUCCGAUUCUGAAGUUCAAAGAUGGAGACAAUGUUAAUGAAUUCAUGAACAAAGCUGAAGAAUAUGCCAAAUCACCAAACUUCAUUUCGAAUGUUCAAGCAUCAGUUACUGAUUUAAAGGAUAAGAAGGUGAACUUAAUGUGCGUUCAUUCCAAGAAGAUUGUUAUGUACACAUAUGCUGAUGGUGGUUUAAGUGUUCUCAAGAACAACUUUAAUUCUUGGGGUAAAUCUGUUCAAGAUUUAAUUGAUGAAUACAAUAAAAUGCACGAAAUUUACACAUGGUAUGCAGGUUAUGAACCAGGAUAUAUCCAAGCUACAUGGUUGCAGAUGAUUGAUAUCAGAACAGCUGCCUGGGCUUACUGCAAUUACAGAUAUAUCGCAAUCAAUGGUGGAGAUGGCGCAUCAAUGCUUAGCUGGAGAACAAUCACUUAUGAUGGCUGGGGAUAUUACCACGAAUGGGGCCACCAUUAUGAUAACCGUGAUACAACAGAAGCUGAAAUGACAAACAACCUUUACUCUUUAAUGAUGCAAAGAAAGAAUGGCAGACCAGCACGUGUUGAAUGGAUUUUCCCAAUGUUGAAGAGUUGGGGUAUCAACCAAAAUGGUAAUCAAUACGAUAUCUGGUCCAGAUUGGCUAUUUUGAGACAACUAGAAAUCAUUCUCGGCGAAGAGAUGGUUCCUUCUUUCUACAAAUGGCAAAGAGCCGGAAACAUGAGAGACCUUGAAUCAAAGAUGUGGGUUCAUGACAUAUGGGUAGCCGGCUUAUCAAGACUGCAUCAGAAGAACCUUUACACAUCAUUCUUCAAACAAUAUAAUUGGCCAUGUAAUGAUGCUUGCAAGGCAGAAUGCUCGAAAUAUCCAGAUUUGGAAACACCAAUCCCAACAUAUUAUUAUGAUGAAGGAUUCUUUGUUUCUGACAAAUUCCCAGCUAAGCCAAAUAUGACUGAUGAUGCUGAAUUAUAUGUUGAAAAGAUCGAAACAUCUGAUAAGCAGUCAUUCAAAAUUACACUUAAUGUUAAGAAUACACCAAGAGAGUCAAUCCAUGGUAUUGAAUGGUGCACACCAUCAGGAAAGGUUCUUACCUAUUUCAAUGGAUUCACAUACACAGUUCCUUACAGUUUAAUGCAUGACCACAACAUGACACACUUCAAAUUUGGUGCUCUUGGCUACAACUUUAAGUUUUCCAAGUACUCAUACAUCCAUGUACCAUAUAAUUUAACUAAAUCCGAAAUGACAAUUAGAUUGUUCCCAAUUUGUGAGUUUGCAUAUAGAGAUGGCGCCACUGGACAACUAUCGUAUCAAUGCAAAUCACAGUUUGAGGGUGGCAAUAUAUCAAGUUGGUUUGAUAAUACUGAAAAUACUGAUGCUGGAUAUGUAUCUACAGUCACUAAAUACCAUUAUAAUAAUGCAAAAUAUGGAGCAGUUCCAAAUCCAUGCCAAUAUCAAUGGAGAGAUUCUCCACAACCAGGAUCUACUUCUUAUCAAAACAAAGGACCAAUUUGGUUUGUAGCAGAUUUGGGAGAAGAAAAGUGGGUUGAUUGUAUUGAUGUUCAAGUAACACCAUCUUCUCAGAAGUUUAGAAAUUUCAAUUUAGAAUACAGUCUUGAUGGAAAUGUUAAGUCCGAUGAAGGAUGGAAUCAAUUCGCACCAGAAUUUAAGAACGAUUUCUACUUAUAUACAAAUGGAGCCAAUUAUAAAUACCGUCAAUUGAGCUGUUCAAAGUUAAAUGUAAGAGCAAGAUAUAUUCGAUUUACACAAACACCUCUAAGUCCAACAGCUGAUGUACAGCAAUUGAAAAUGGGUGAAUUCCAAGUUUAUACAACCAACGAACAAAGAACAUUUGAUCCUUAUGAAGAAACAACAAAUGAUGAUGAUAUUAGUGUUGGUGAUUUCAAUACAUCAACAAUUAAUACAACUGAAUUGGAAGGAAAUAUGACAUAUGGAGAGCCAAUACAUCUUAAUAAUUCGGAUAUUGAUAUUGGUGAUACAAAUCCAGAACCAGAGCAGCCAGACAACUCAACGGAAACAGAGCAGCCAGGCAACUCAACAGAAACAGAGCAGCCUGAACAGCCAGGUAAUUCAACUGAGACAGAGCAGCCAGAACAACCAGGUAAUUCAACUGAGACAGAACAGCCAGAACAACCAGAACAACCAGCAGCCAGAACAACCAGGUAA